AUGGUGGGGCUGGUGGGUCGUCAAAGAUUGCGAGCCACAAGAGGUGCCCUCGUGCUACUCGGCUGCGCGCUCUUCGCCUGUCGGGCCUGCAGUUUCACCCUCGUCGGAGGCUCUGCAACCCUUGGUGCGGCCAACUCGAGAUCGGCUUUGGAAGGGCCCUCGCGGCUUUCCCGAAGAUAUUGGCAGUCCCGGGGGCCGAAGCCGGAGGAGGAGACAGUGGAGGGAACUGUGGUUCCAGGUCUCAUCCUCACGGCUCUCAUCACCUACCUUGGAGUGGUGCCACUCACAUUCGGCGUAUCGCCCGAGUUUCUUGUCUCCUUAGUCGUUAUCGCCAUCUUGGGCAUCUUUGCCAACACGUGGGCGCUGGCAGUCAACAUGAACCUGCCGACGUGGAUAGAUUUUCAAAUCCAAAAGCAGCGACAAGAGAAGAAAGCCAAGGCCAGAUUGAGCCUUGCACGGGUGAUUUGGGAACCGCUGCACCAUGGGCUCAAAAGUCGCAUUCUUUUUUCUGAGUGCCAGCGUCUGUGUGAGAGUGUGGUGCAGCGUGCCUUGGCCGGGCGGGCGGUGUGGAAGCUUGGGUCUAUGGCCGAACCUAUGAGGGCUUCCUUUCUUCAAACGGUCCCCGACAGUCUCAAAGUCGGUGCGCGGGUCGAGGCGCUUGGACAAUUCACGGGAACCGUGAAGUUUGUCGGGACGACGCAGUUUGCAGCUGGUCCGUGGAUUGGUGUCGAGCUGGACACACCGGAUGGCAAGAAUGAUGGCACGAUUCAGGGUGAAAGGUAUUUUGACUGCAAAGCUGGGCACGGCAUCUUCGCGCGGCCGGCUGCUGUCAGGAGCUUGGACACACUUUCCAUGCCCGGGCAAGUUCCAGAAUCGUCGCCAGCGUCAACACCGAGCGCUGCAGCCGGACCGCCGUCUCCAGACUCCAGUCCUGGUGCGGUGUGGUCCCGACGGCAGAGCAUAGACCUAGAUUUGAGGAGUGACAUCUGCGUCGAAGACCGUGUUGACUUAACUGGAGUAUUGAGCGGCUGCGCAGAUGAAGUGCAUUCGCUGCACGAGGCCGUCGACAAGCUCAUUCAGGGGAGCUCGGCAUCCGUGCAGAAAGUGAAGUCCGGGAGCGGGGACCAGGCACUCGACAAGCUCACACCGGAGGAGGAGGAGUGGCUGAACAAAGCAGCAGAAAGCUUAGCGAGGAGCUUCGAGGAGAAGCUCACCUCAGUGCUGGACGAGAAGCUGAUGGCUCUUCCGGCUGCUGCUGUCGCGCAAUAG